GCACUAACAGGAGAUGCUAUACUGUCGAGAUGUAAAAAGUCGAGGAACUUAAUAGAACAAAGUCUUGGCCAACUUCAAAAUAUGGUUCCCGUAAUUCUGGCUGCAACGGUCCAACUUUUCCCCCAUUCUCUCCUCCCUACUAAAAGAGGGAGAGGCGGGCUUGAAAGAAAGGAAAAUGUUACAGAUGCGGGUGCCUUCUAGGAUCUCAGGAGGAAUGCUGAAAGACAUUGGAGAGCCUCUUUUCCUGAUCAGGCUAUUUGUUUCUGUUUUUCCAUGGAUUACCAGAAAAACCUAUCACUUUCAGGUUGUCAAUGAUUGUGGGGUGGGUGGAAUUAGGGGUGGCAGUUCGCCUCCAAGAUCUUCGGGAUACUCCAUCUACUGUUGAGAACUUAACUAAUUCUAGGAUACAUGAACUUUUCCUCCACUCCUUGAUUUUUGAAGAACUCCAUGAUGCUACUGAGAGUUUUACUAAUUCUAGGUUACAUAUGAGAAGUAGGGCCUCAAAAGUUUGAAAAGUUGGUUGCCCCAUGAACUCUAUCUCUCUCACGCACACAUUCAUGCAAAACUGUCAUUUUUCUAGUUGAAUAUUUUUUAUCUACAUCAUAGGUAGUUUAAUAACUCUCCGUUAAUAUAAUUUAUUUAUUAUUAUUAUUAUUAUUUUGCAUUUGUUCUUGCUCAAUUCAUCCUUUCUUUCACUUUCUUUUGAAGCUUAUGAAUUACUCAGAAAACGAAAGUCCAUUCUUUCCACAUUGCAACUUUUGGUCCAUUUUGUCUGCUGUUUGUGUUUAGAUUUUUUUAGUGAGAAGUUUGUGCAAUCGAAUGUGUUUCUUCUUUAAUGCUGUAGGAUCAUAUUUGCAGUUUCAUCUGCCCAAAAUAUUUAGUAUGACCACAAUGCUAAAGCAAGUAGCUCAAUUUAUAGCUGCAUAAGUCCAAUUUCAUCAGGCACUUGAGCACCUUUUACAUUCAAUAUUUACUUAUAGAUUUCUAGAUGUUGAUGUAGUUGAAUUAAAAACUAUGUUUUAAGGUGGGUAUGUAAUAAUAGUGCCUUCCUCUCUCCCCCACCCCAGGCUUCCCUUUAUCCUAUGAUCUGCCACUGGCCCCACUAUAAUUGAGAUCUCUUGUAAAUUCCUUUAAAUAAGUUGUUGAUUCUCCUCCAGUCCCCUCUCUUUUUUCAUGCAUUCUUGAACAACCGACAAAAUGAGUGUUGUGAUACAGUUGAUUAACUAUUGCAAGCAGAUUUCUGGAAUCAUUUCUGAUCUUAGGAGCUCAACAUUUUGUUUGGAUCCAUCUGAAGAGGAGGCUGGGAAGGUUUUGCGGGAAUUGCUUCAUAGAUAUGGUUCUACAACUGAUUCAAUGGAGGACGAUACCCUUGGCUCUAUUCGAGUGGUUUCCUUGAAGCUUCAUAUUAUGUCCCAGAAAGCUCUUUUGAUAGAGAAAAGAUCCAUAAAAAAGUUGCUUGACAAAAUUGGCCAAAGUGAUUCAGCUAAGAGGAAGAUACUAUUAUUCUUUUUGAAUCUUCUUUAUAAAUACGGAAAUGAUAUUAUCAGAGAGCAAACAGACAACAGCGUUAUAUGCCAUGAAGAUACCUUCCCAGUAGCAGGUGCUAAUGAUCUGUCAACAGAAGUGGAAUUGCGAAAGAGAUAUAGGCCUGAUGUUGCUCAAAUUGACAUGUUGAGUACUGCUAUACCACCUGAAGAAUUCAUUUGCCCUUUAUCUUCGAGAUUGAUGUAUGAUCCUGUUGUCAUUGCUUCUGGGCAAACAUUUGAAAGGAUGUGGAUUCAGAGGUGGUUUGAUGAAGGUCAUGAUGCAUGUCCAAAGACGAAUGUGAAGCUGGCUCACUUAUCAUUGACCUCAAAUAUUGGCUUGAAAGACAUUAUUUCGAAAUGGUGUGCAGCACAUGGUUUGUCUAUUCCCAACCCAAACAAGGAAGCAGAACUUGUCAAGUCUUGUGAAACUUCUACCAAUUCCAUCGCCAGCUUGAGCAGUUCUUUGAAUGAUCUAUAUCUUCCACUAGAUUUCAGUGGUUCAGCAGAUUUCUUGCAUUCUAAGAUGAGUAGAGAUGUAAAUCUUUUGUCAAUGAAAAAUGACAAUGAUUCACCUAGAUUUCAAUCGUCUGCAAGCACACAGGAAAUCAAUUUGGAGUAUUUUGCUAGAAUCAGUUCACUUCCCUGGGAUUCUCAGUGCACCAUGGUUGAAAAUGUCAAGCACUUUUUGAUGGGCAAUAAUGAAGCUUGCACAGUGAUGUCCUUUGGGAACUUCGUUCAACCACUUCUUAGAUUUAUGAAGGAUGCACACAACACUCAUGACGUGGAAGCUCAGAUGAUUGGAUGUCAAUUGUUAUUAGAAUUUGUACAGAAAUGCAGAAUACAUAUAUCUUGCAUGGAUGAAGAUGCAUAUAGUCUUUUGGGAUCAUAUCUUGAUACGGAGGUAGCUCAACAAGCUCUUGCCAUAUUGGAGGUUUUGUCCUUCGACAAAGAUUCUGAAUACAAGAUUGCAGCAUCUGGGGCACUCACUUGUAUCCUGAAUAUAGUUGACACCCAGCUUGAAGAAUUGUUGGAACCAGCCUUAAAAAUAUUGAGUAAUUUGUCAUCAAGUAGUGAAAUCGGUUCCUUUCUUGUGUCUCGAGCAUUCAUCCCCAAACUAGUUCCACUAUUUGAAAAUAACACUCUGGCAAGAUACUGUGUAACCAUUGUGAAAAAUUUGUGCGACAAAGGAGAUGCUAGAGUUUCUGUUGCUGAAAGUGAUGGCUGCAUUUCUUCGAUUUCCAAACUACUCGAGAGUGACAGUCAUGAGGACCAAGAGCAUGCGGUCGAUAUUCUUCUUUCUUUAUGCUCGGAGCGUGUUCAAUAUUGUCAGCUGGUCAUGGACGAGGGUGUUAUCACUGGUCUUGUUAAUGUAUCUGUUAACGGGAACAAUAGAGCAAAGUCCAUGGCAAUGGAACUACUACGGAUAUUGAAAGAUGAAUUUAGUACUGAUAAAGAAUGCUCGGGUUCAGAUGUUGCUAUGGACUACUCUACCAGCGAAAGCAAAGCUAAAAUUCCGUCUUCUAAAGCACCUGGAAUAUUUAGCAAAAUUUUCUCCAGACCAAGUGUUUUGACAGCGAAGAAGAAGAAAAAAGAGACAUGAUUUGUAGUUUGUUUGAUUAGACCUAUUUUUGAGAGAAUCUGUAGUGCGAUAAAACUCAUGUAGUUAGCUGUUAAGUAGUCGUGCAAGUGCACAGUUUCAUCUCAGAAUGUUUUGUAGGCUAGGUUUGAUCUGUUCUGGUUCAUGCAUGCUCCCCUUCGCAAAUGUUCAAGUGAUUUGGUGUAUAUAGAAAUGUAUACUAUGUAUUGUCUGUAGGAUAAAGCUUGGCAUGUGCAUAAAAUUAUGUAAACCAAGCACAACUCUUGUCUGUAUCAGAAAUUAUUGCAGUUAUCAAUA